UAGAGCGGCGCAUGUGAAAUGGGCAAAUCGAAAAGAGCAGUUGUGUUUGGUUUGUGAGGCUGCCAAGAGCGGAGAACGAGCGCGGACGAUGAAUAAAAUAUUUGGAAUAUUGUGUGCCCUGUGCCUGCUGCUCGUUUGGCCCACGUCCGGAAAUGGACAAUCCCCGGAAAGCCAGAAACUCCUGGUGGCCAUCCACUACGAAGCACUGUGUCCAGACAGCAUGAACUUCAUCCGUCGCCGACUGCACGAUGCUCUUGAGGAUAAUAACUGGUGGUCUGUCACCGAUCUGAAGCUAUAUCCAUUCGGCAAGGCGGGGUUCUACAACGACUCUGGUAAAAUGCAAGUUUAUUGCCAACAUGGCACAGAUGAGUGUGAACUCAAUGCCCUGCACGCCUGUAUUAUUGAGACCCUGGAACUUCGAAAGGCCUUUGAACUGAUCUACUGCAUGCUGCGAUCCUACUCCAAUGAACUGGAUCAAUGUUCCAGGAGAUUAGGUUUGGAUGUGAGCAAAGCUAGGGAAUGCAAGAGUUCGCGUUCAACCCCCGAAAUCUUGGAGCCCUACGGCAGGGAAACCCUCAAACUGGAAAUCUCCUUUGUGCCCAGCAUUGUGUUUGAGAAUAAUUUUGAUCCCUAUGGACAGAGAAGCAUUCGCAACAACUUUGAGAGGCACUUUUGCCAGGAAUAUAAAAAGAAAUUUAACAUUAUUCUGCCCUCUUGUUCCGCAAUUUUGUAAUAUGUUGUCUAUAUAAUGAGUAAUGUUUUUAA